AGGUUGAAAAUGAAGGGAAAAGGAGCGGUCCCACUUAAUUUUGUUUUGAGUGGGUUUUAGUUAGUGGGUAAUAGGUGGUGGAGGGGACCACUAACCAAAAAAAUGGGUAAUAGUGGGUAAUUGAUAGUUAAAUAUUACUCAAAAAGAAAAGAAAAAAAUUUGUUGCAAAUAAUAUAGAGCACUCAUUUUAGGUAAAUAUUGCAGAUAAUUGCGGACGGAGGGAAUAUUAGAUUCGAGUCGAUUUCUAUCGCACACACUUUUAACUAUGCACCAUAUAAAGCAUACGAUAUACGAGUACACAUCUUUUUAUUGACCCCACCAUUCAAGGUGUGCCAUCAUCCUUCCUUACCUUACCUAACGACUGUCGAUUAAUCGAUUAUAUUAUCUUCCAUUUUUCUCCCGCAACAAAUAUGUCUCUCUGAAUGAAACUCCACAAAUUCAGAGAGACGAAGAACUAAGAUUACUGUUGAAAGGUUUAAUUUUUUAAAAUUUUUUGUCCAAAAAUUGAGGAGAGAGAAAGUGAGAGUAUAUGUACUGUUAACUCGAGUUGUCAUGGCCCAUAACAAGUCGCUCUUGUCUGCUAUCUUUCCAAUUCCACACUAAAAAGAAACAAACACCACUCUUUUUAAAAUCCCACAUAAACCCAGUUAAAAAAAUUCAUUCAUCCCAUUUCUCUCUCUAAAAAAAUGUACCCAAUUUCUCUCUCCUCAAAAUCAUGAAGAAUUGGGCAUAAACAACCAUACUCACUCACUCUCAUGGGUUCCAACUACAUGAACGUUGAAGGGUCUUCAACUUCCUCUUCUGGGUUGUCUGAUUCAAUCAACGGUCUUAAAUUUGGUCAGAAAAUCUACUUUGAGGAUGUGGGUAGCGGCGGCGGCGGUUCCGGCAAGUCUUCCGGCGCCGGCGGUGGCGGUUGUGGGCCGGUGAAAAAGGGAGGGAAGGCGGUAUUGCAAAGCGGGCAGCCGCCGCGGUGUCAAGUGGAAGGGUGUAAUACAGAUCUUAGUGAUGCAAAAACAUAUUAUUCAAGGCAUAAAGUUUGUGGCAUGCACUCUAAAUCACCUAUUGUCAUUGUUGCUGGUAUUGAGCAGCGUUUUUGCCAGCAGUGUAGCAGAUUUCAUCGACUUCCUGAAUUUGACCAAGGGAAACGAAGCUGUCGCAGACGCCUUGCUGGUCAUAAUGAACGUCGAAGAAAACCACCACCUGGAUCUUUGUUAUCAUCACGUUUGGGACGUCUCUCUUCUUCCUUUUUUGGUGACAACACCAGCAAAAAUGGUGGGUUUUUAUUGGACUUCUCUUCGUAUUCAAGGCAGUCUGAAAAGGAUCUGUGGCCAGGUUCAGAAACCUCUGAGCAGGUAUCUGGAAGUCAGUCCAGGUCCAUUGUGUGGCCAGGCCACUCUGAGGAUCAUCCUUCGAAGAUGUAUCUGCAUGGUUCAGCUAGUGAGUCCAGUUAUUCCUUCCCUUCUGGAGAAUGUAUCACAGGCGUCUCAUCUGACUCUAGCUGUGCUCUCUCUCUUCUGUCAAAUCAAUCUUGGGGCUCCAGAAACAGUUCAUCAGGUACUGCACUUGGUAACUCGAUGAACGUUGAUGGAACUCCCGUCUCCCAGUGUAAUGCAGCUCAUGGUGUUACAGUUGCACACUUUCCAAACAGCAGCUCAUCAUGGGGUUUUAAAGGCAAUAAUGAUGCUAGUUGUGGUUUACAUGGUGUGCCAUCUGGUCAUUUGGGACUUGGCCAAAUCUCCCAACCACAUUAUAAUGGUCAAUUUCAUGGUGAUCUUCUGAUGGACCAUGUCCAAGCUGGCGGACAGCAAUACAUGGAUGUUGACCAUUCUAGGGCUUACAACUCAAACAACACAAACCAUGUGGACUGGUCACUUUGACUGUACUUUUCUCUGCUUUGUACUGAGGAAAAGCAAGUGUUGCUGUGAUUUAUGUAGAGCCCUCUAUGAUGACUGCACUGUGUUUCUCAAAUCCUUAACUUGGUUUUUAAUUUUCUUAGGUGUGUAGCAUAACAGAAUGAUACUCCACCUGUUAUCCGCACCACUGACUAUUGUUGUGGGAUUGAACUGACUAUUUGUCCCGCUGCUUGUAUUUUCUGUUUCCCUGAAAGGAUCAAAUACUGUUGUGCUUUGCUAUUUGAUCAGAAUCACUGUCUGCUCA